UCCAUUGCGAGCAGAAAGGGUCCCAGUUAUUAGCAUCCAGUGGGGCUCCUGCAGCGGAAUAAAAACCCUCAUCAUACACGUUACGUUUUCCCGUUAACCGUAUUUAAUGGGCUUUUAUCCGGAUAUCCCGCAGUGUUUCUAGCCGCUGGGUUUUAUUUCACACGUGUUAGCAGCAGGAUGUCGUACCCUCCUCCCAUGAACCGCCAGCAGAUCGGUAUCCCGCAGCUACCCCCCCGGAUCCCGCCUCCUCAGUAUGCGGGGUUUGCACAGGCUGUCCCCCCAGGUACUCCCAUGAUCCCGGUUCACAUGGGUGUGGUGACCCCCUCACCCACAGUCCUGGUCCCGACCUCAGUGUCUGUAGCACACAAACCGAUGCUGAUGAAGAAGGAGCCGACUGUCAGAGCCAAGGACUCCGACGACAACGGAGGCCCGACCACCACCGUGUUCGUGGGGAACAUCUCUGAAAAGGCUUCUGACAUGUUGGUCAGACAGCUGCUAGCGAAAUGUGGAAUUGUUCUGAGCUGGAAAAGGGUUCAAGGUGCCUCUGGGAAACUUCAAGCGUUCGGGUUCUGUGAGUAUAAGGAGCCCGAGUCGACUCUACGGUCGCUCAGACUCCUUCAUGAGCUGCUGUUAGGAGACAAAAAGCUGCUGGUGAAGGUCGACGCUAAAACCAAGAGCCAGCUGGAUGAGUGGAAGGCCAAGAAGAGGAGCGCCAACGGGGGAGCCGGCGCUGGGUCAAAGAAUGGGGACGAUGAUGGCGAUGACGAGGACGUCCUGGACGAGGAGACCCUGCACCGGGACCAGGUGGUGAACGGAGCGAUAGAAGUCCUGAUCCGAGAGUACGCCAGCGAGCUGAACGCUCCGUCACAGGACCCCGACAGCCAGCCCCGUAACAAGAAGAGGAAAGAGAAGAAAGAGGAGGAGGAUAUCAAUGCCAUGGAGAUGGAGGAUGACAAGAGGGACUUGAUUUCCCGAGAGAUCAGUAAAUUCAGAGACACACACAAGAAACUGGAGGAGGAAAAAGGGAAGAAGGAGAAGGAGCGUCUGGAGAUCGAGAAGGAGAGGAGGGAGAGGGACAAAGAGCGGGAGAGAGAGAGGGAACGCCGCGAUCGGGAGAAGGAGAAGGAGAGGGAGAGAGAGAGAGACAAGGAGAGGGAGAGAGACCGGGACCGGGAGAGGGAUCGGGAGCGAGAGAGGACGAAGGAGAGAGAGAGGACGCGGGAGAGAGAGAGGAGUCGAGAUGUCAGCGAAGGUCGCAGCAGGUCCAGAGAGAGGACUCGAGAAGACAAGAAGAGAGACCGUGAGGAAGACGAGGAGGACGUCUACGAGCGAAGGAGACUGGAGAGGAGGCUCAGAGACAAGGAGGCCGCUUACCAAGAGCGCCUGAAAAACUGGGAAAUCCGGGAGAGGAAGAAGGCGCGCGACUACAGCAAAGAGACGGAGCGGGACGAUGAGAGGCGUCGAGAAAUGAUGAAGGAAGCCAAAAGGCUGAAAGAGUUCCUUGAAGAUUAUGACGACGAUAGAGACGACCCCAAAUACUACAGGGGCAGCGCUCUGCAGAAGAGACUCCGCGACCGGGAGAAGGAGACGGAGCUGGACGAGCGAGACCGGAAGAGGGAGAAGGAGGAGCACGAGGAGAUCCGACAGAGGCUGCUGGCUGAAGGUCAUCCCGACCCGGACGCUGAGCUGCAGAGGAUGGAGGAGGAGGCCGAGCGCCGACGACAGCCUCCUCUCAAACUCGAGCCGGAGGAGGAGGUCGUGCACCGGGAGAAGUCUCACCGGGACCGGGACCGGGACCGGGAUCGGGAUCGGGAGAAGAGGAGUCUGGAAGAAGAGAAGAAGAGCCGAUUCCCCGCGCCCCCCCCGCAGCAAUCCGACGACGACGAAGAGGAGGCGAUGGAGGAAGACUUCCCCGACAACGAAGACUCGCAGGAGGCCAAGCCGCAGGUCAAACCCGUGAUGAGGCCGAUCACCACGGCGCCCUCGGUGUCCUCCGCCAGCGGGAACGCCACCCCCAACUCACCCGGCAACGAGUCCCCCUGCGGCAUCAUCAUCCCGGGGGAGAACUCUCCCGAGGUGCAGCCGCCAGAGGAGCUCCGGCCCAAGAUAGGCCUCAGCCUCAAACUGGGCGCCACCAACAGCCCCAGCCAGCUGACUGUGGGGAAGCGGAAGAAGCUGGCGACCGUGGAGAGUGUGUUCAACAAGUUUGACGAGGAGGAGGCGGAUGAGCAGCCUCGCAAAAGGAAACUGGUUCCUCUGGAUUACGGAGACGACGACAAGAGCCUGGGGCUGGACGGGGCCGAGAUGCCGGGGGCCAAAGGGAGCGUCAACACGGAGGAGAAACGGAAACACAUAAAGAGCCUCAUCGAGAAGAUCCCCACCGCCAGACCGGAGCUCUUCUCCUACCCGCUGGACUGGACCAUGGUGGACUCGUCUCUGAUGGAUCGCCGCAUCAAACCGUGGAUCAAUAAAAAGAUCAUAGAAUACAUCGGAGAGGAGGAGGCGACGCUGGUGGACUUCGUCUGUUCAAAGGUGAUGGCUCACGGCACCCCUCAGGGUAUUCUUGAUGAUGUUGCAAUGGUUCUGGACGAAGAGGCAGAAGUGUUCAUCGUGAAGAUGUGGAGGCUGUUGAUUUACGAAACGGAGGCCAAGAAGAUCGGACUGGCGAAAUAAAGGGCGCUCGUCUCUCCGUCUGACUUCCUUCAAAUCCCAGAUCUGCUGCCCACAGACUGUAAACACAUCACACCCUCCAUUCCAUCAGCCAGGAGCAGCCUUCUGUGUGUUUGUGUGUGUGUGUGUGUGAGAGAGCGAGAGAGAGUGUGUUUGGAAGGGAGAGUGUGUUUGGAAGGGAGAGUGUGAGCUGUGAACAGAAAGGGUUUGCACAAAACAUGAAACUGCAUGAUGAAUCUUUGGUUGUGUUUUGUUCCUUUUGUUGAUGCCGUUUGAGGCAGGAGACAGUUGCACCCCCCCUCCCCCCCCACCUCCCGUCGGUUCUGCAACACCUUGGACUCUGCUUUGAUUUACUGUCGUCCUGUUGAGGCUCCGUUUUGUGAACUGAUAAUAAAUAUGCUUUUUUCUAAGAAA